UUUUUAUUCAAAUCCUAGCUGUUCCUAUAAAAAGGCAAACUCAGAACGUCAGAGAAUUUCAUCCGAUGAGGAAAGGUGACUAAUGCGAUUGCCUUUUUGCUUGCCCGGCUGCAUCCCCUCUGCAGGCACCAAGAUGCAGGAGACUGCAGGUGUCCAAAUGCUGAGGGCUUUAAAGCAUUCAGCCCUUUGCCUGAUGCUACUGCCACGCUUCCUUCUGGCAGCGCUCAUGCUGUGGCUCCUAGAUUUUUUGUGCAUCAGGAGAAAGGUGUUGCAAAAAAUGGGAGAGCAGACUGGCGGACCUGACGACCCGCCGGUGUGCGUAUCCGACUCGAACAAAAUGUUCACCCUGGAGUCUCUCAGAGCCGUGUGGUACGGCCAGAAAUUAGACUUUUUCAAAACGGCGCACCUUGGACUUUUUGCGCCCAACACUGAAGUGGUACAGCUUCAAGAGCAAAAAAAGGUUCGAAUCCUAGACUACAUGAAAGGGAGGAGACCGCUCAUCUUAAACUUCGGGAGUUGUUCUUGACCACCGUUCAUGACGCGCCUUGCCGCGUUUCAGCGGGUCGUCGACCAGUACGCGGACAUUGCCGACUCCCUUCUGGUUUACAUUGAGGAGGCGCAUCCGGCGGACGGCUGGGUGAGCUCAGACGCACCCUAUCAGAUCCUCAAACACCGGUGUUUGGAGGACAGACUGAAAGCGGCUCAGCUGAUGCACUCGGAAGUGCUCGGGUGCAGCGUGGUGGUGGAUACUAUGGACAACUCGUCCAACGCUGCAUAUGGAGCUUAUUUCGAGAGACUCUAUGUGCUGAGAGAGGAGAGAGUCGUGUACCAAGGGGACCGGGGCCCAGAGGGAUACCGGAUUUCUGAGCUCAGAAACUGGCUCGAGCAAUACAGGAAUGGUCUCCAGAAUUCCAGAACAGUGGUGCUCCACGUCUAAUUUAUCAUUUCCAACUGCCAACAUCCAUCCCAGUGCGCGCUAAGUGUCUACAGUGACGAAAUAUUAAGAUGCUGCUGUAAACUGUUAUCACUGCACACAGCCUACGUUGUUUUGCUCCAGUGUCCAUCAGCAGAAAUAUUCAGCAAAUAUCAUGUUUAAAAAUGUGAAGUUCUAGGUAGGCCUAUAGCUGUUCUGUUGUGCGUGUCUUGCCCGCGCUUAGUCGUUCGUUUUUGUCUGGAGCUGUCAAACUGAUAUAAACCUGUUCAAAUAUUCACUAUUCAUAAACCAUUCUAUGAUUAUGAGCAUUUUAUUUUUUAUACCGUGUGUGUGUGUGUGUGUGGGUGGGUGUGUGAGUGAGCGAGUCUUUGAGAUUGAGAGAGUGAGCAUGGGAAACAGUGACUAAAGCUAAAACCUUUUACUCCUGUGUUCUUGUGAAGUUCGGCUUUUAAAAGGUUCAGCCAGAAAACCGAUACUGAUGUUAUCAACACCGGAGUAUUUGGCGGUCAGCUGGAGUUUAUCCCUAAUGAAAAACUGCCAAACUUGUCAAUUGUAAAUAUAUUUUAUUGAACAGAUAUUUUUAAUAAAUGUUAGAACACA